AUGUUCAGAUCUAUAGUGGCCAAGCGUGGUUUAUCCACUUUGAUUCCUCCAAAGGUGGUUUCUCCAAAGAACUUAACUGGUGCAUCCAAUGCUAAGCGUAUUGAACAAGUUGUCAAGUUCUACCAAUCUUUACCACAAGGUAAAGCUGUUCAACAACAGCCAAGUGGUGUCAUUGGUAGAUACAAGGCUAAAUUUUUUGAUGGUGACAACGCUAGUGGUAAACCAAUCUUACAUCUAGCUUUGGCUGUUUUGACUUUAGGUUACACUAUGGAAUACUAUUUCCAUUUAAGACAUCAUAAGCAUGAUGAACAUCAUUGA